AUGGCGGGCAAGAAGUCAGGAAAAGCGCUCCUGCGCGAGGAAGGCUCUAUAGGACUUCAAAGAACAGAUAACGGCAUGAAGCAAUCAAGCUGGCCAGAGAUUCAGAUGAUAAACCAAAAAAACUACUACACGGAGUACAUGAAGCGUGACGACCAGAUUCUCCCUCAUCGACUUCAACACGAAGCCAAUCGUGAUCGUAUGAUUCGGAACGCCAAAGAUAAGGAUCGAGCCCUAGCAAGAUCAAGUCACACCGAAGUUCCCGUCACCGUGUUAGCCGAGGGCGAAAUAUACGACGAUGAAACCGGAAUCAAUGAUGGUUUUGACGCAUCAAAGAUUAUUGUUAUUCACCCAGGAAGCCAAAAUCUUCGAAUCGGUUUAGCGAGUGAUGCAUUACCCAAAAGCGUGCCGAUGACUUUAGCUGCAAAAUGGCAAUACACCGAGUCUUCAGUUGGUGAGCCGCGACCGAAGCGGCAGAAGAUAGAUGAUAUACCUGAGCAGCAAUUUGGUGAAGAGUUUUCGAAGAAGUUUGCAGCGGCUUCUGCUGCGCUCAAGAUCGAAAUGCGCGCAAAUAAGUACAAAGUUUUACCGAACUCCAAAGAAGUUAUUGUCAACUACAACAGAAGAACCGAAUUCGAAAAAGUCUCCGAGCACAAUGAUCCAUUAAGAAUUGAAUGGACCGACAUAAGUAAAGUGGGCACAAACGGCCAAGCUCCGCUUUUUGUCGGGAUGAAAGCUCUCCGUAUUCCAGACGAUUCAAACCCUCCCUACAAAUUAUUCUGGCCAAUUCAGCAUGGCUGCUUUCACGAGCAAGACUAUGUAACUCGAAAACACUUGUUCGAUGACUUUGACAGUAUCAUCAGCUCAGCUGUUCGAAAUGAGCUAUGUCUCCAGAGUAGCAUUGAAUGGAAACAAUAUAGCUGCGUCUUUGUCAUUCCAGAUUUGUAUGACAAACGAUAUGUCGAACAGGUACUUGACAUGUGCUUAAGGAGCUUUGAAUUUAAGCAGGUCUGCUUUAUUCAAGAAAGUCUUGCCGCGAGUUAUGGAUCUGGAUUUACUAGUACUUGUAUUGUUGAUAUUGGAGCGCAAAAAACGUCAAUUUGCUGUGUUGAAGAUGGAAUGUGCAUCGAAGAUUCUCGUAUCAACCUCAAAUAUGGCGGCUUUGACGUAACGGAAACCUUCAUUAAGAUGAUGCUACAUGAUUAUUUUCCAUAUGCUGAUAUUAAUCUCAGGCGUCGAUAUGACUUCCUCUUAGCCGAAGAGCUCAAAAUUAAUAUAUGCACGAUGAAUGCGCAAGAAGUCUCACAACAGCUAUUCAACUUUCAUCUACGGACUCCCAAUGAAUCCACUCGCAAGUACUAUUUCAAAGCAUAUGAUGAAGUUAUACUAGCACCUAUGGGUUUCUUUGAUCCGUCAUUAUUUGAUAACAGCGAAAAGCUCGUGGCUCGCCGGAAACUGAUUGAUCGUUCAUACAAUGCCUACGACUCUGAAAUGCCAGAUGAUCCUACAUCAGCAGCUCAGCUAGCCAUUCUUGCCUGGAUCAAUCCCUCGAUCUCAACCAACGCUAAUAGUACUACUACUCAGGUCAGUGGCAUAAACGGUUACGGUAGUUAUGAUGCUUCAACUCUAUCAAAAGACAGAGCGAAUAUUUUGAAUCCCUUAUCACGCUUUGAUGAAACAGGUGCAACAUCACAUGUUACAUCUACCGCGGUCUCUCCAGCACCAGAAGGGGCUAACACCCCAAUUCCAACAUUUAUUUUCGGUGCUACUAAUACAAAUGGAGAAGUAUUAGCUCCUAGUGGCAACCCACUGGGUCUGGGGACUGUAUCACACCAAAGUGGGACACCGGUAGCCCACUCUAGCGUGCCUACUGAUCAAUAUACAUGUACAUCUAAAGAUCUUGCUCUUGAGCUUGACUCAGUACUACCUAUUGCACCUCUUGACAUGGCCAUUAUAACUUCCAUCACUCAUGGGGCUCGGGGCGACGAAAAGAAAGCGCGUGAUUAUUUUGGUGGAAUAAUGGUUAUUGGCGGUGGAGCCAAGACUCCUAAUUUUGGACAAUUUCUCGAGGCACGGCUACGAGCAGCAAGACCGGACUUAGGGGACAAGCUCCUUGUUGGAACUAGCCCGCGAGAAAUGGAUAGCCAGGUUGUAGUAUGGAAGGGUGCUAGCGUAUAUGCGCGCAUGAAGACCCAUGAAAGCUGGAUUGGUCAACUGGAGUACGAGAGACUGGGGAGCCGAGUAUUACAUCAUAAAGUUCUCUGGAACUACUAA